AUGCCUCUCCUAUGCCUUGGAAAGUAUCGGCCUUUCACGGAUCCUAAACGCAUAGAAUCAAUCGAUGCGAAGAAAGCUCCUAUAUGUGACGCACGAGCACGUACCAAAGGUGUUCCGGACUCGUUUCUCGGAGUAAUGCAGACCCUCCCUAGUGAAACUCAGUCUUGCCAGACUUCACCCGAAAAUCAAGUACACACGAAUAAUUUUAAUACUCCUACUACAAAUGAUUCCUACUAUAGUGAUAUCCUCAACAUCCGUUUGGAGACCCCCGAGUCUUUCUGCAGCCAUCUCCAAGCCACGAGGACUCCGCUAGUACCCAACAUACGCUCAAAUGCUGAAGAAGCUAGUCCAGGUCCAUUUGACUUCAGUCAGCAUUACCUGGAACGACAGGGACAUGAAAUAGACACAUCGGCUUCUCUGUCUCACCCAUACUCGGGUUCUAGUACAAUGGCCACUUCUGGGACAUGUACAGAACUAUAUGCUUUUGAUAUGGAAAAUCCUAUCAUCUAUGCGCGUGCUCUUGACAUGUAUGGAAACUUGUCGAACUGUUUAUGUGUGGACCUUCAACUUACUGGUCUUGUUUUCACUAGAGCCCAAAACUUGCCACUCAGCAACAUGAACCUGGGUCUCCUGCAUUCGCACAACGAUCAACCCAGUGUCUAUGCUCCGCAUAUGGAUGCGUAUUUCUAUCCGCACGCGGGCUCGUACGCCUUUCUCGAUCAAAAGUUUGAAGGUCAAGUUUUCUGA